AUGGAGGUGUCUCAUGUUUCAGCAAGGCCAAAAGCUUACUUCACUCUGUGGAUCAUGUUGAAUAGAAAGCUAGCAACAGUUGAUAGGCUUGCUAAAUGGGGAAUGUUACAUAAUAAAGCGUGUGUCUUAUGCAAAAGUGCUGAUGAGAGCAUAGAACACAUAUUUAUCGAAUGUCACUAUGCUAGGAAGGUUUGGGAGAGGUUAUUAUACUGGAUUGAUAAUCACAGUAGAUGUCCAAUGACAUGGAGUCAGUUUAUACAAUGGAGUAUUCAACAUGGGAAGGGGAAGACUACAAGUGCACAACUGUUCAAGAGUACACUAGCUGAAGGAGUUUAUGAAUUGUGGAAUGAGAGAAACAAGAGACUUUUUGAAGACAAGAGUAGCUUGGAAGAUAAAGUAGUCAAGGAGAUAGCCUAUGUGACUAUUGCUAGAGCUUCUAAUAGUAUUAAAAGUGUUAUUAAUCAAAGGAAGCUUUGA